UCAUCACUGAAAAAUGAAUAUUUAUUACCCAAUUCUUUAAAUAAAGAUACCUUAUUUUUUUCUCAAGACACAAUUAUUUCUGAUUCUUCUGAAGAUUUUUUGGCCAGUGAAUCACCAACAUUUGAACUUGAAGUUUUCAAAAACAAUGUUAACUAUUUUAAUUUUGCCACAAUUCCUUCAGAAGAUUCAUUGACCAUGAAUGAAUUAAAAAAAAUUGAUGACAAAAUCAAUGCUCUUGAUGUUCUUUUUACUAAUGCUCAAGAUAAAUUUUAUAUAUAG